UUUUAUGAAUGUUCUUUGAACGUUCAAAACAUAUGUAUUUUUAAUUUUUUUUUUAUUUUAAUUUUUUUAUUAUGUGAACAUUAGAGAAGAGAUUAAUUAUGCAUUUCAUCAUCGCAAGCAUUAUGAGAAUGUUACUUGUGAAUGUUCUCGGAACCAGUAAGCAGUAACUAGUAAGUAGUACAUUAGAUGAAUGAAUAAAAAACAUUCCAUCAAUAAUGUAUAAUGGAUGUUUUAGUACUACUGUUUUGAGAACAUUAUUUAAGAGCAGAUAACUAUGAAUGAACAUUCAAGUUACAUUACUGGAAGAAAGAACCUUGUCAGAAUGUUAGCCAAAGUUUUUGAAGAACAGAAUUCUUCUAUUAUUUCAAUUCACUUGCUGUAUUUCUUUAAAAUAAAUGCGACUGGUUUGGUAUUUUAUCAAAUGCAGUGACAUUCAUUCUAAUUGUUCAAAUACAUUUUCCACCUCUUGUACUUAUUCCAACUCUCCUCCUUACUCCUUUCCGCUUCUUCCUUCUUUCUGCUACACAAACACACAUACGUUUUCUUCUGAGGGUGUGUGUUCCUUUGAGGAUUUGUAGUCUUGACAAACAAACGUGAGGAGUGAAAGUCUCUGUCUUCCAGGCUCUGAAGUCCCAAAUGAAUAAUCAGAUCAGAUGAACAGAUCUUUCUGUUCACCGUGCCCUGUGACUUUUUGAGUGGAUUUGAAGAAGGAAAAAGAAAUGCUAUAAAUAUGGAACGAUUUCUCAUAUCAUAACUUGCAGUGGUUGUUUUCUCAAGCAUCUCUCCUGGUAUUUUUGCCGGAGUAGAGCAGGAAGUGGGAUGGGCCGUGUGCUUCUGAUAGAGCCGGCAGUUGGCCUGUAUGCGUUUGCCAUGUUUAUGAUCUACCCGCUGCUGCAGCAGUAUGUGUACCGUAGGCUGUGGUUUGAGCUGAGUGGCACGACCUACCCUGCUGAGAGUCUGUCUCACUGCUCAAACAACCACAGCUAUGUCACCAUUCACCAGGCAGUGCAGAAGGAGACGUCAAUUUUCCUCCUCAAGAGUGAACUGUGCUUCCUCAUUCCCAGUCUUAUUUCUGCAUUGUUCCUGGUCUCAUACAGUGACUACUGCGGGCGUAAAGUUGCCAUCGUUCCUCCUCUGGUGGGCGACACUCUGUUCGCCCUCUGCUAUGUUUUGGUCAGUAGAUUCUCCUUCAGUCUCACUUACCUGUUAGCUGCCUCCUUCCUAUCGGGCCUGAUGGGCGGCCCCACCACUCUGAUCGGCGGAUGUUUCGCCUAUGUGGCCGACCUCUGCGGAGAAGAUCUGGAAGGACAGAAGACUGUCCGGAUGGCUCGGCUGGACAUGAUUUUAGGGGUUUUGUCUGGCUUAGCUUCUCUGUGCACUGGAUUCUAUAUCAAAGUGGCUGGCUUCACAUGGCCCUUCCUCACCGCGGUCUUUCUGCAUCUGAUAAACCUCUUCUAUGUGCUGGUGGUCUUGAAGGAGUCCCUGGUUCUUUCAAAUCCCAGUCUGUCUUCGUCCAGUCACUCAGCUUCUGAAGCCCCUCGACUGAGCCAGUCUCAAGCUCUUACUGUCCGUCUGCAGGGCGUCUACCUGCUCUUUGCGGCCUCGAAACGGAGAAGGAACAUUGUGCUGUUGCUCAUGCUGGCUGCUUUUGCCUUUUUCAGGGUAGCCCUGCAGGGUGGCAUGUCCAUCUUCAUCUUGUAUGAGCUGAACACUCCUCUGUGUUGGAGUGAGGUGUUUGUGGGUUAUGGCUCGGGUCUGUCCACUGCCAUCUAUCUGGUGAGUUUCGCCGGUGUGGCACUGCUGUCCCGCUAUCUGCCUGACGCCUACAUCAUCUUACUUGGGCUGACGUCUGUGGCAGCUGGCCUCAUCAUGGCAGCGUUUGCGAAGACUACCCUGCUCAUGUUCCUGGUGAGGUUGCCUUUGCUGCUGUCCAUCAUGCCAACUCCUGUCUUACGAUCCAUGAUGUCCAAAAUAGUGUCUGGAUCUGAGCAAGGUGCCAUGUUUGCGUGUGUGGCCUUUGUGGAGAUGCUGAGUGUUGGUGUCUCAUUUACAAUGUUCAGCAGCAUCUAUGCAGCUACACUCUCCUGGUUCUCCGGGUUUAGUUUCCUGCUGGCUGCAGGCCUUACUCUCAUACCAGCCGUCCUGAUCUGUGUUAUUCUUUGUCUCCGUCUGGAUGUGUAUGAGGAAUCCAUCAUACUGACAGAAGAGAUGAUGGAAAACCACACAGAAAUCUUAGAACUACCACCAUAACAUGGACACUGGGAACUCAUUUCCUCCUUCUUUGGGACAAUAGUGUCCUCUAGUGGAACGUUAGAAAACACUUGUGUGAACGGAGGAGAGGUUAAAAAUCUGGAACCAAGAACUCUGAUGUGUGUAGAUGUUCUUGGUUUCUUUUUGGGAUCAGAAUGAAUCGUUGUUUAAGGUUAGAUGAAGAACAGCUAAAAGACACUGUCAUUCACAUGGGUGAAAAUGACUUAAAAUGUUUUAAAAAUGUAAAAUCAGUUUUUAUUGUAGUUUAUUUAACUUCAUGCAUACAUUGUAUAUAAAAUUGCCAUUUGAAAGUUGUUACAUGUUGAUAUAUGUUCUAAAAUAUGAUAUUGAUAUUGUAUUUUUUUAAAUAAAUGAUUUGUAAACUUGUGUAAA